AUGGAAGGCGCGAAGAUGGAGUUCAACAAGCUGAACAAGGAGAUUGCUGCCUUGCGCAAGGCCAAGGAGGACGCGUCCGAGCUGAUGGAGAAGAGCAAGGCCAUGAAGGAGACGAUCAAGCAACUCGAGGAGCAAGCGAAGACUGCCGAGGACGCCCGGGAUGCUGCGAUCCUGCCCAUUGGCAACCUUGUGCACGACAGCGUGCCCGUCAGUGACGACGAAGCGAACAACGUCGUCGUGCGCACGUGGGGCACACCCAGGAAGGCUUCGGACGGUCAAAAGCUGUUCAAUCACGUGGACUUGGUGCAGAUGCUCGGAAUCGUCAACCUCGAGAAAGGAACAGAGGUCGCCGGGAAUCGUGGAUACUACUUGUUGGGCGAGGGGGUGCUGCUGAACCAGGCGCUGAUCAACUGCGCGAUGCAGUUCCUGUGGAAGCGGGGGUACAAGCCGGUGCAAACACCAUUCUUCAUGCAGAAGGAUGUCAUGGCGCAAUGCGCGCAGCUCAGUCAGUUUGACGAAGAGCUCUACCAUGUCACGGGCGAGGGCUCGGACAAGUACCUGAUCGCCACAUCGGAGCAAACCCUGUGCGCCCUGCACCGCGGGCUUUGGAUGGAACCUGCGGAUCUUCCGCAGCGCAUGGUGGGAUACAGCACGUGCUUCCGCAAGGAGGCGGGAUCUCACGGGAGGGACACGCUGGGCAUCUUUCGUGUGCACCAGUUCGAGAAGGUCGAGCAAUUCGUCGUGUGCAGCAGCGAGAACAACCAGAGCUGGGAGAUCAUGGAGGAGAUGAUCAGCAACGCCGAAGAAUUCUACCAAGCGCUCAACAUCCCCUACCAGGUGGUCAACAUCGUCUCGGGAGAGCUCAACAACGCCGCGGCGAAGAAGUACGACCUGGAAGCGUGGUUCCCAGCAUCCGAGACUUUCCGGGAGCUCGUCUCGUGCUCGAACUGCACCGACUACCAGUCCCGUCGUCUCGACAUCAGGCUGAGGACGCCCAAGCAGCCCGGUGUCGAGCAGAAGAAGGAAUUCGUGCACCUGUUGAACUCUACGCUGAGCGCCACGGAGCGCGCCUUGUGCUGCCUUCUCGAAAACAACCAGACGCCGGACGGUGUCAAGGUGCCGGAAAUGCUUCAGCCCUUCAUGAUGGGCAUCGAUUUCAUCCCGUUCCGAUACACGCUCGACAAGAAGGGGAUCCCGAAGCCCAUCAAGAAGCCUGCCGAGACAGAUGCGUCCAUGGGGUCGCGCUGA